UAUAAUUCUGUUUGUUCUGUAAUAUUGAUGUCGGUUGAUCGCGAAGCGUUAUAAACCGCUAUAAGUAAAUAUGACAAGCCACAUAAGCGACGUAAAGCCGCGUCCUCAUCAUGCUCGAAGGGAUAUUUGUGGUUCGAGGCCUGCUUACCGUCAAGGUAGGAAGGCCACUGCCGUCAAAGUGUUCACAAUCAACCAGGAGUCCUGCUAUCUGCUGAUAAGCAACGUCAGCGCCGUUGGUGCUGGCGAAGACCUCAAGGAUGCUUGCCUAGAGUAUGGCGACAUCGAUGACUUUCAUGCCGUCGAUGGCUACGACACGGAAGAAUUCACCGAGACCUACCUGGUGAAGUUCGCCCGCGUACAGUCGGCCAGGAUAGCCAAGAAGAAACUGGACGAGAGGUCUUUCUUCGGCACUGUGUUGCAUGUCUGCUAUGCGCCCGAGUUCGAGACGCUGGACGAGACUCGCCGCAAAAUAAUCGACCGUUGCAAGUAUGUCGCAUUCAAAACUGGGCAACAUUUCAAGCCCAUUACAUCGCGCGGUCGCAAAAGACGCAGCGAGGACUUGGGCAGUAGCUUUCCUGUCGAGAAGCGCGCUCCGAACGUUACCGCACCGGUCUCUUAUAUUUGGGCUGGUCAAGAGUACUCGUGGACUCAGUCGACCAGCAGCCUCCCCGUCUUGUCAUCGCCUUCGUGCGUGAAUCCGAUGUACAACGAUGAACCUCUGAGCUUCAGUAACGCCCCUCGCCAGAACGCCACCAGCAGCGAAAGGCCCUUGGCACCCAAGAACGAGCCGAGCUGCUCAAGUUCCCAGCUCGUCACAGACGCCUACGAGAGGACCAUCUCAUUGAUUCGAGACAAGGUUAAAGGAGUGGCGGUUCCGAACACAGACGUACUCUUAAGGAAACGAAAGCCGUGACUGUUUCCUACUCAUGUGUACUUCGCUACAUCUUGGUGCUUGUAAAAGACAAUUCGAGACUCUUCAUGUUAAGUUACGAAGUUGGGAUCCAUGCUUGUGAAGUUGUUUAUUCCAUAUAAAUGUUGUUCUCAAAACCUC